AAGCCUCAGUCAAACUGCUGUUCAGACACACAGUAAAAGGAACAAGAUCCACUUGGUCGUGGAAAAGUAAACUGGAAAUGAGCCAAAACUGAAAAAUGGAAAUGGAGUGAUUGUACAUGGAACCCUGAUCACCUCAGCUGCAUCAUGGCUCAGAAAAUCACAUCAAAUACAGUCCCCAGACUUGUUGUCAAGAUCGUAGGCAGCAAACAGGUCAAGCAGUUUAUUGAGGAGCCACGAGCAGAUACAGCAGACUCAGAGAAAGAAGAAACCCCUCCAGCUGAAGCUGUACUUGAAGAAGAUUUCGAGGAACCUCCAGAAAAACAAGAUGUUGUGUCUGACCGGCGGGCGCAGAACAGAGUGGGCUCUGCACUUUGGGCUGUGAUCAAUCAGGUCCCCGACAGGCUGUGUGUGACAGCGCCCUCUGGUGAUCGCUCCAGGUCCUACAUCCACCCAAAGACUCGCCACCAAAACUCUGAACCCAGAGCAGCUCCAGCACUGGAGACGACAGAACAGAAAGGUGUGUCUGAGGACAGAGAUAAGGCCGAGCUCUCCUCGGCUGUCAGGGAGGAGCUGUCUGAUUGGCAGCUCUCCUCUCUGAGAUCAGCGGAGGACGAAGCAGCAGCUCUCGAUCUCACCUUCAGUGGGACGCUGGAUCAAUCCGAGAUCACCCGCCUGUUCCUCAAACAUGACGUUCCUCUCAAAUUACCAACAUUUUCUCUGCUUCUCCAAAUGUUUUCUGAUAAAAAUGAUCCAAUCCAGAUUCAUUACAGAGAUCUCCUGCAGUUCAUAAGAAGUUCUGCAUUCCCUGAGGAGCACCACAAUGUCAGUGAGCUUCAGUGGAGCUGAACAAGGACGACGCUUAUUCACGACCGUGGCAUCACCAAUCUGAACACGCAGCAAGAAACUGAGCCAAACUCAUCUGCCGCACGGCUCAAAAGGGCUAUAACUCAAUAUAAUGUGAUAGAUUGUGUAUGAGUGAGGCCGUUUGUCAACCUAUAUCAUAUAUACGAUUAUUACACUGCAUUCAUUUGGCACGCAUUUUGACUUGCUAUUAUUUUCUGCCGGCGGUGGCCUGCUGCUUAUCAGGAGGGAUUCAAUGUGAAGUGUGUUGCUCAAGGAAACUGUGGCAGAUGCACAGAGCGCACAUACAGUACGUACAAACACGGUGAACAGAACGACCAACACGACACGCCACAGUUGUUUGCUUUUUUCUUUAUUUUUUUGUAGCUUUUUUUUUUAUAUUUAAGAUUUUUUCCCUUUUUUCUUGCUAUCCCUGCUUUUGGCACUACAUACUUAGGGUGACAUGUUAGAUUGUUUUUAAAACAAACGUCUAUUCAAAGCCUUCAUCUUGUGGCAAGCAAAGUAUGAACACAGCUAAUAAAAAUAAAGGUUUACAUUUUUCCUCCUUACUUUACACAUAAAAUAAAAACACUUUUUUGGACCCCCUCAAAAAUGGGGGUAUUAAAAUAUUUGACAUUUGUAUCACAAAUCAAUGUAAUGAGACAAAAAGUAAAACAUAAAAACUGUACAAAAAUGAUAAAAUUCAUUUUAAAAAUUCUUGUGAUCAAAUGAUGCAAAGAGUACAUAAUUUUGAAUUUAUGUUACUGACCAUAAAUCUAAUUAAAAGGAGAUGCCAGUUCA